UCGAAUCGCCGGUUCAAGCAUACGUUGCAGUUCGUGAAAUCAGCUGACUGUGUACACACCGCAACGCGAGUGUAACAUUUUUUUUUCGUUGAACAGUUUUACCGUUAAAAUGUCUGGUCAAAAUAGUGAUUAUUGUGACUACAGAAGCCCUUUUGCUACUCGUUAUGCCUCGAAAGAAAUGAGAUUUAACUUCAGCGAUCAAAAAAAAUUUAGCACGUGGCGUAAAUUAUGGAUCUAUCUUGCCAAGGCCGAAAUGUCUCUGGGUCUGAGCAUAUCUCAAGACCAGAUCAGCGAGAUGGAACAGCAUGUGAACGACAUUGAUUUCGAUGCUGCGGCCAAGGAGGAAAAAGCCACUCGUCACGACGUCAUGGCCCACGUGCAUGUUUUCAGUAGUCAGUGUCCGAAAGCAGCACCCAUCAUCCAUCUCGGGGCCACAAGCUGCUACGUUGGAGACAAUACGGACUUGAUAGUGCUUCGCGACGGAUUCGACAUUCUGCUACCGAAACUCGCGGCCGUUAUCCAGAGGUUGGCCAAAUUCGCCGACGACAACCGAUCGAUACCGGCUCUGGGCUACACUCACCUGCAACCGGCGCAAUUAACAACGGUCGGUAAGAGAGCUACCCUCUGGCUGCAAGACUUGCUUAUGGACGAACGAGCGAUUCGCCGUGCUCGGGGCGAUCUCAAGUUCCGCGGUGUCAAGGGCACCACUGGCACUCAGGCAUCAUUCUUGCAACUCUUCAAUGGGGACAGCCAAAAGGUAAAGAAACUCGACGAGCUCGUAACGAAUAUGGCAGGUUUCGAGAAGAAAUACAGCGUCACCGGUCAAACCUACAGCCGCAAAGUCGACAUCGAGUGUCUCAAUGUACUCGCCUCGUUGGGAGCCACGGCCCACAAAAUCUGCUCGGACAUCCGACUGCUGGCGUCGAUGAAGGAAAUCGAGGAGCCCUUCGAGUCGACUCAGAUCGGCUCGUCGGCCAUGCCCUACAAGCGCAACCCCAUGCGCAGCGAGCGUUGCUGCAGCAUAGCCCGCUUCCUCAUGAAUCUGAAUAGCAACGCGCUACAGACCGCCGGCAAUCAGUGGAUGGAGCGCACCCUCGACGACUCGGCCAACAGGCGCCUCAGCCUUUCUCUCGCUUACCUCUCGGCCGACAAUGUUUUAAUGACACUGCAAAACAUCGCCGAGGGCCUGAUCGUAUACCCUAAGGUCAUCGAGCGACGCAUGGCCCAAGAAUUGCCUUUCAUGGCUGCCGAGAACUUCAUCAUGGCUAUGGUCAAAGCCGGUGGCGACCGACAGGAGUGCCACGAGAAAAUCCGCGUACACUCGCACUUGGCUGGUGCGCAAGUGAAACAGUACGGCAAAGAUAACGACUUGGUCGAGCGCAUUCGCAGCGACCCGUACUUCGAGCCGAUCCUUGGGCAGCUUGACUCGCUCCUCGACCCAUCGACUUUCGUCGGCAGAGCGCCCGAGCAAGUCAGCGAAUUUUUGGAGGAGGAGGUCUAUCCUGUGCUCAAGAACUACGAAAACGUCAAAGUUACACCGGUUGAACUCAACAUUUAAAUAUGAUUUUUUCUUCAUUUGUAAAUUAUGACUUCUUUGUCUGCUGACAAUGGUCAUCAUAUUUUUUUAAUAUUUAUGUAUUUAUUUAAAUUAAAAUUAUUUAUCUA